AUGCUUUGCAUUCUGAUUCUCCUCUUCAUUCGCCACAACAUCAAGAACGAAGUGCAUCAUCGCAUCAUUCUGUUCCAGUUCGGCAUUGCUGCUUAUGUAGAGACCACCAACUUCUUGCUGGAUGUGCUUGCAAAAUUUCUCACGAACUAUGAGAACCAUCGGACGCAAACGGAGUAUGAAACAUCUCUCCUUUGCAAGGGCAUGAUGCUCAAGUUCGUGAACUCCUUCUUCGCGCUCUACUAUGUGGCUUUCUUCAAAGAGCAUCAGACGCUCUUCAGCGAGCCCAUGGAGUGCCUCAGACGGGGCCUCAGUUGCCAUCACUGUAAGCAGCCAAGUGAACCACAGGCCAUGGAGAGCAGAGCUCUCACAACGGCAGAGAAGUAUGCGAAGAUCUCAACCUUCUUUGUGCACGCAUAUCGUAACAACGACACUCCCCUCCGCAAGCUCUUGCAGCCGCUUGAACCACGGUGCAGCCGAUCUUGUUUCGAGAUCCACAGUGAUCUACAUAUUUGGGAUCAUGUUCGCAUUUUGAGAGAUAAGACGACCUCAUAA